CACUACCAUCAUGGCUAAUCAGAGCAGAGUCUUCGCAGCGGUACUACCGGCUGCUGGUCGGGAAUUCUCCGGUAAUGAAAACGAGCAGGGACUCCAAGUGCCGGCAGUUAACCGUCAGAGUCCCGGUAACCGGGUCCGGGAGGUCCAGGUGACGGGAACAGCGGAGGUGUGUUGUCCGGCGGACCGAGUGUCGGUGCGGGUCAGUGUGGGCAGCAGCAAGGAGUCCGUUAACGAGGUGACCAACAGCGUUACACGGCGACUGGAGUAUAUUCUACAGGCUGUCAGACAACAUGGAGUCAGUGACAAAGACACCUCAGUGAGGAAGUUUCUCCACCGAGACGCAGACCAGUAUCACAUGCAAGCAGAGGUCGUGGUGACUUUCUCAGAUUUCGAUAAGAUGGAGCGAGUGUGUAGCGUCCUGCUGGAGAAGCUGGACAAGAGUGUUUGUGUGGGAGCACCACAGUUCUACCACAGCGCCGAAUGCCUGAAUCAAAUGAGGCAGCGUGCUUGUGUAUCAGCAGUGGAAAACGCUCAGCAGAAGGCCUGCGCAGUCAGUCAGCUCCUGGGGCAAACUCUGGGGCUGCCCCUCCUGGUCAGAGAGGAGGAGACGAGGGAGUGGAGGAAUGAGGAUGAGGAGGACGGAGGCAGAUGCCAGGAUGCUUCAGGCCUUCCUCACCUUCCCCGUACAGCCACAAUCACCGCCUCCUCACGGGUGUCUGUCUCCUUCGGCCUCAGAGACAGAAGCAGGAAAAAACUCUGAAGACAUUUGUCACUGACUCAUGAGACCAAAGAGCGGAUGUCACAGUUUGAAGGAUUUUAUUGCUCAGGUGUGAUGGCUGAAUCGAAGUGCAGUUUUUUAAGGAUUUUUCUUCCUCAGCCAACACAGUUUGUAAACAAAAAAACUACAAAGAUUUUAAAGCAAUUUUGGCAUUUCAAACAUUUACUUGACUUAAAAUUAGGCACACAUUAAAGGGACAGUUCACCCCUAAAUAGAAAAUACACUUUUUUCCUCGUACCUGUAGAGCUGUUUACCAGUCUAGAUAGUUUUGCUGUGAGUUGCAGAGUGU